AUGACUUCCACCAAAGAAGGACACAUACAGUGGAUCGAGGGACUCCGUGGCAUCGCGUCAACGCUGGUGUGGAUCGCCCAUGUCACACGUGCCUUUGAUCUUGAUCUCUACUCACCAGUCUCAGGUGAAGGAUUGACACCACGACUCCUCCAACUCCCUUUCCUUCGUAUAAUGAUCCAGGGCCGACUUGGCGUCAUUAUCUUCAUCUAUGUCACUGGCUACGUAUGUGCACUAAAGCCGCUGGCGCUCUUUCGACGGGGCAAUUAUGAAGCAGGCUGGAGUUGCGUUUCCAAGUCAGCUCUUCGGCGGCUUCCACGCUUGUUGUAUCCAAGUGCCGUUGCCACUAUCAUAGCGUGGACUGCGACACAGCUGGGACUCUUUGAGGCUGCAGAGAUGACCAACAGCUACUAUCUGACUCAGACAGUACAGGACAAGUUACCGCUAUCUUCAGCUGUCAGACAACUCUUUGCCAAUAUCUUCAACACGUGGACCGGAGCCGGAAAUAAGUACGACGUCCACCAGGGAACGCUUUUUGUACUCUUUAAGGGCGGAAUGUUCGUGCUUCUGUUCAUCACUGCGACUGCAAAGGUCCAAGCAAAGUUCAGAAUGGGUGCAUCCCUACUUCUAUGGGGCUACCUUUGGGCCUGCGGAAGGCCAUACUUCAUGCAAUUCUGGUGGGGAGUCUUUAUGAACGAUUUGCACAACUCUAGACUGUCUCAGCGUAUCUCAUGGAGCAAGUCUCGGUACAUUCCCUUUCUCGGCUUCUUGUCAGUAGCAGUCGGUCUGUUCAUUGCAUCAUAUCCCGAAAGCCGCAUUGAACUGGCUUCAUGGUCACGCUGGCAAGAUCAAAUCCUAUCAGCAAUUGUCCCCAAGGACUCCGAAUUUCCGAAAUUCGCAUCAUCAUUCGGGUUCUGCCUUUUGACAAUUGGCGGAGCCCUACUCCCUGGAUAUACGGACAUUCUAUCCCAUCGCGUCCUGGUAUGGCUUGGGAAACGGUCUUUUGCAGUGUAUCUUCUUCACGGCACGCUACUAAGAUGGUUACUCACAUGGAUGGUGUAUGGAACUGCUCCAUCACCCAAUCUACAGAUUCAGAAACCAGAAGGCGCUUCUCCAAAACUUGAAUAUGCGGGUAAUACGUGGUUACUCUUCUGCCUACCGGCUUGGCUUGGGGUUUUAUACGGACUUGCUGAGAUCUGGACAAGAUACGUUGAUACAGCAGCUGAACGGUUCACCAAUCAACUCGUUUCUCACACACGACAGGAGGAAAUCAAGGGCUUUUCACUUGUCUAA